CUCCCCCGUUCGAAAAGUAAACAAGGAACCCUGAAUAAAGGACAAAAUGCCAGCUCCAAGAAGCUUAGAACAAAUCCUCUAUGGAAUGGUGAGUAUGAUACCCCGUUAUCGCUGUUCUUUUUCCACUUGACCAUGGUCCUGGUAGCAGGAGUGUGCGAACUAACCGAUGGCUUAGCUCAUGAGAUCUCAGACAUUCCACAGAUUUGUCAGGAAAGUUUACUACAAGGUUAAUGGACUAGACCCGGCGCAGUUUGAAAGGGAAACAUCCUCACGGAUAUAUCAAGACAAUUCGCUUUUCAAGCCUUCGCCUCUGCAGAAGUUUAGAGCAUGGAGAGCGUUGUUCGUGGAUGAGAUGCGCUCAUCUGUGGGGCUUUCAAAAAGGCACAACGUCUAA